AUGUCGUUCCUCGGUGGCGCCGAGUGCUCUACGGCGGGAAACCCGUUGACGCAGUUCACCAAGCAUGUCCAGGAUGAUAAAUCACUACAGCGCGACCGGCUGGUCGGACGCGGCCCGGGCGGCAUGCAAGAGGGCAUGCGGUCGCGGGGAAUGAUGGGGACACAAGAUCAGAUGAUGGACGAGUUCGCCCAACAACCCGGCCAAAUACCCGGAGCCGCCCCUCAACCGUUUGCGAUGGAACACCUCCGACGCGAGCUCGAUCAGUUCCAGACCACCCCGCCCCGGACGGGCUCGCCGGGCUGGGCGGCUGAGUUCGACGCGAGUCAGCAUGUCCGCAUGGGGGCCACCCUUGCUGGGCCCAACGGUCCCGUGAUGAACAACGGGGCGGGAUUCACCCCGGCCGAGUUUGCACGGUUUCAGCAGCAGAGUCGAGCCGGUAUACCGCAGACGGCGGGGUCCGUGCCGGCCGCCCAGUCCCCCAUGCUCGGGGGGUAUCAGCGCCCCAUGGGCAUGGGUGGGUAUAUGGGCAUGGGGGGCAUGGGGAUGAUGCAUCAGCCGGGGUUUGGGCCGAUGGGGAUGCAGCAGCAGCAGCCGGCGGAAGCGGCGACGCAGGAUAAGGGUAAAGGGCGGAUGGUGGAGCUGGAUGAUGAGAACUGGGAGGCGCAGUUUGCGGAGAUGGAGACGGUGGAGAAUACCACGCUGGACGACGAGGCCAAUGCCGCUGUCGAGGCGGAGCUGAAUGAUCUGGACAGGUCAGUUCCCUUUACCACCCGCCCCGGACAGGAUCAUGACUACGGGGCUUUUGAGAGCGUGUGGGAGAGGGUCCAAGCUGAGACCGCGUUCAAUAGGAAACUGGCCGAGGGAGAGACGGAUUUCAAUAUCGAGGAGAAUCUCCACACGGGUGAUAUGGACGAGUGGGAAGGAUUCGAUACCCUGAACACUCGGUUCCGUAACCCUCAGCUGGGCGAUUACAUGUUCGAGGAGGAUAACGUGUUCCGCAACGUGACCAAUCCGUUCGAGGAGGGCGUCAAGAUCAUGCGGGAGGGUGGUAAUCUCUCGCUGGCUGCCCUGGCGUUUGAGGCGGCGGUGCAGAAGGAUCCCCAGCAUGUGCAGGCCUGGACGAUGCUGGGAUCGGCUCAGGCGCAGAACGAGAAGGAACUGCCCGCGAUCAGGGCGCUGGAGCAGGCCCUCAAGAUCGACCCCAACAACCUGGACGCGCUGAUGGGGCUGGCUGUCUCCUACACCAACGAGGGCUACGACUCCACCGCCUACCGCACCCUCGAGCACUGGCUCUCCGCCAAGUACCCCCAGAUCAUCGACCCCAAGGAUGUGUCCUCGGAUGCGGAUCUGGGAUUCACGGAUCGGCAGCUUCUCCACGACCGGGUCACCGAUCUGUUCAUCCAGGCUGCGCAGCUGUCCCCGUCCGGAGCGCAGAUGGACCCGGACGUGCAGGUCGGUCUGGGUGUCCUGUUCUACUGUGCGGAGGAGUACGACAAGGCGGUUGACUGUUUCUCGGCGGCGCUGGCGUCUACGGAGUCUGGCACGACGAACCAGCAGGAGCAGCUGCACCUGCUGUGGAACCGGCUCGGAGCCACGCUGGCCAACUCGGGCCGCUCCGAGGAGGCCAUCGAGGCGUACGAGCAGGCGCUGAACAUCAACCCCAACUUCGUGCGGGCGCGCUACAACCUGGGGGUUUCGUGCAUCAACAUCGGGUGCUUCCCGGAGGCGGCGCAGCACCUGCUGGGGGCGCUGUCGAUGCACCGGGUGGUCGAGCAGGAGGGCCGCGAGCGGGCACGCGAGAUCGUCGGAGGCGGCGACGGCGACAUUGACGACGAGCAGCUGGAGCGCAUGCUCCACGUCAGCCAGAACCAGAGCACCAACCUGUUCGACACGCUGCGGCGCCCUUGGAUCCAUCCACACCCCACCACCAUGGCUGCUGCAUUCACCGGCGCUCAGCUCAUUGCCCGGACGCUGCGCGAUCUGGGGGUGACCGUGAUCUUCGGCAUAGUCGGCAUCCCCGUGGUCGAGAUUGCCGAAGAAGCCAUCAACCUGGGCAUUCGCUUCGUGGCCUUCCGCAACGAGCAGGCCUGCAGCUAUGCCGCCAGCGUGUACGGCUAUAUGACGGGCCAGCCGGGCGUGUGCCUGGUGGUCGGAGGGCCCGGGGUUCUCCAUACGAUGGCCGGGAUCGGAAACGCGUCUGCGAACAACUUCCCUCUCCUCGUGCUCGCCGGCUCGGCCGAAACCACUGGCAUCACCAAAGGAGCCUUCCAGGAGCUCGACGCCAUCUCGCUCCUCACCCCGCACACCAAGCUCGCCGUCCGCGCCUCCUCCCUCGACUUCAUCCCGGGCGCCGUCAAGAAUGCCUACAGAACGUGCUGGUACGGUCGUCCCGGGCCGACCUUCGUCGACCUCCCUGCAGACAUCAUCCAGGGCAAAUCCCCGUCUGGACACCGUCUCCCCGCACCAGAAACCCUGCGUGUGCCCUCGCCCCCGAAACCAGCCGGCGACCCGGCCUUGAUCCUCAAAGCCGCGCAACUCCUCCGCACCGCCCGCUCGCCACUGCUCAUCCUCGGGAAGGGCGCCGCCUACGCGCGCGCCGAACAGGGCAUCAACCGCCUCGUCGAGCAAACGCAGAUCCCCUUCCUCCCGACCCCGAUGGGCAAGGGCGUCGUGCCGGACUCGCACCCGCUCAACGCCUCCAGCGCCCGCAGCGCCGCGCUCAAGAACGCCGACGUGGUCGUGGUCCUCGGCGCGCGCCUCAACUGGAUCCUGCACUUCGGCGAGUCGCCCAAAUGGUCCCCCACAGCCAAGAUCAUCCAGGUAGACAUCAGCGCAGAGGAAAUCGGACGCAACGCGGGCACCGCCGAGCUCGGGAUCCUCGGGGACAUCGGUCUGGUGGUGGACCAACUCGCCACGGCCCUGUCGAGCUGGAGAUACGCCCCCGCCGUUGACGGGUUCCCCUCCGCGCUCGCCGCAUCAGCGAAGAAGAACGAGGACAAGGCCCAGAAGGCCGCUCUGCGGGCCACCCCGCCCAACGCCCCGCUCACCUACCAGCGCGCAUACCACCUCAUCAAGACAACCCUCAACUCGCUGACCCCCUGCGAGGCCGGCAAUAUCGUGUAUGUUUCCGAGGGCGCCAACACAAUGGACAUCUCCCGCUCGAUCUUCCCGCUCAACCACCCCCGCCAGCGCCUCGACGCCGGCACGUACGCCACCAUGGGCGUGGGUAUGGGCUACAUCGUCGCGGCGCACGAAGCAUACAACGUCCCCGGAUCCCCGCCCAAGAAGAUCGUCGCCUUCGAAGGCGACAGCGCCUUCGGGUUUAGUGCAAUGGAGAUCGAGACGCUAGCCCGCUACCGCAUCCCCGCGCUGAUCUUCGUGAUCAAUAACUCGGGUAUCUACCACGGGGACACCACGUCCGAGGACGCCUGGAGGACGCUCCAGCAGCAGACCAUGGCGAAUGAUACCAAGUCGGAUGAGGGGAAGAAGGGGCUUCGCUCGACGAGUCUGUUGUAUGAGACGCGCUAUGAGAUGCUGGCGGAGAUGUGUGGCGGGAAGGGGUAUUUUGUAAGGAAUGAGGAGGAGCUGGAGACGGCUACGCGUGAGGGCUUCCGGAGUGAUGCUGUGACGGUGGUUAAUGUGAUUGUUGAGCCGGGCAUCGGGAAGAAGAUUGGGUUUGCGUGGCAGGGGGAGGCGAAGCUGUAG